AUGGACAGGACAGCUAGUGAUCCUGAGACUGGUGACAGUGCUGAUUGGAAGGAGACCAGAGAACCUCAGUCAGCUCUAAACUCUCUGAAACAUGAUUCAAGAUGUAAGAAAACAUUCAGCUGCUCUGAGUGUGGGAGAAGAUUUAGCUUCAAGUCAAAUCUGAAGCAACACAUGAUAACUCACACAGGAGAAAAGCCUUUCAGCUGCUCAGUUUGUAAGAAAAGAUUUGGCCUCAACUCAAUUCUUAAAAAACACAUGUUAACUCAUACAGGAGAGAAACGUUUCAGCUGCUCACGUUGUGAUAAAAGAUUUGGCAACGAGUAUAAUCUGAAGAAACACAUGAGAACUCACACAGGAGAGAAACCUUUCAGCUGCUCAGUCUGUAAAAAAUCUUUCUCAGAGAAUGGAAGUUUAAAGAAACACAUGAGAAUCCACACAGGAGAGAAGCCUUUCAGCUGUUCUGAGUGUGGUAAAGCUUUCACUGUUGGUGAAUACCUGAAGACACACAUGAGAACUCAUACAGGAGAAAAACCUUUCAGCUGCUCAGUCUGUAAGAAAUCUUUUUCACACAGUGGAGCUUUAAAGUCACACAUGGCGGUCCACACAGGAGAAAAACCUUUUAGCUGCUCAGAUUGUAAAAAAUCAUUUACACAGAGCGUAUAUUUAAAGGCACACAUGAGAAGCCACACAGGAGAGAAACCUUUCAGAUGCUCUGAGUGUGAUAAACAAUUUGGCCAGAAGGAACAUCUGAAGAGACACAUGAUAACUCACACAGGAGAAAAACCUUUCAGCUGCUCAGUUUGUGAUAAAAGAUUUGGCAACGAGUAUAAUCUGAAGACACACAUGAAAACUCACACAGGAGAGAAACCUUUCAGCUGCUCUGUUUGUGAUAAAAGAUUUGGCCUCAAAUCAACGCUUAAAAAACACAUGUUAACUCAUACAUGGGAAAAACCUCAGCUCAGCCUGUAAGAAAUCUUUUACACAGAAAGAAAAUGUAUAGAAACACAUAAGAACUCAUAUGGGAGAGAAAAGAUAUAGCUGCCCAAUG